AUGAACGAAAUGACGGGAAAUUUACGAACCGCCAUUUUCCUGUUAUCAAUAUUAUCAUUUUUUGUACCAUCGGCAACCGGUUUUAAAUUAAGAAUUCUUCAUACGAAUGAUAUGCAUUCAAGAUUCGAACAGAUUUCUAAAAAUUUAGGAAAAUGUACAGAAUCUGCAUCGGAAAAUAAUUUAUGCUACGGUGGAUUUGCCAGAUUGAAAACGGCCAUCGAUGAUGAAUUUAAAAAAGCUAAAGAAGAGAAUAUAACGACGUUAUUUCUCAACGCCGGUGAUAAUUAUCAAGGUACCAUUUAUUACACGACUUUGGCAAAUUCAGGUGAAUUAAAAUUUAUCGAUGAAAUAGAAGCAUUGACCAAAGAAGCAACAAGAUUACAUAAUGAAGGAAUUAAAAUAAUAAUUGCUGUCGGUCAUUCAGGUUAUGAUGUUGAUAUGGAAAUUGCUGCCAAAGUACCUUACUUAGAUGUGAUAGUUGGAGGUCAUAGUCAUACUUUUCUUUAUUCAGGUACUCCUCCCGAUAUCGAAGUACCCGUUAGAGAAUAUCCGAUAAUGAUAAAACAAAAAAAUGGCAGACUUGUACCCAUAGUGCAAGCUUUUUGUUUUACUAAAUAUUUGGGUAAAAUCGAUAUAACGUUUGACGAUGAUGGAGAAGUAACGAGCGCAACCGGAAAUCCGAUUUUAUUAAAUUAUAAAUAUAAAGAAGAUGUCCAAGUAUUGAGAGAAUUGAAUAAAUGGAAAGAAAAAUUAUCGGAAUCGUUGAUUCAAAAUGUCGGCGUAACAAAAGUUUUACUCGAUGCCACGGAAUGUAGAUUUUCAGAAACAAAUAUUGGAAAUCUUAUAACGGAUGCUUUUAUUUAUCACGCGGUUAAAAAUAAUACCGGUAAAUAUUGGACGCAAGCUCCGAUAGCAAUUCAACAAGGCGGUGGAAUAAGAGCAUCCAUUAACGUAACGGGAAGCAACGGUGUUUUAACAAGAGAAGAUAUAAUGACGACGAUGCCAUUUUUUACUUCUUUAUCAAUGGUUAAAAUGAAUGGUAAAACGUUACACGAAGGAUUAGAAUGGAGCGUUGCACAAUAUAGUACGGAAAGACAUGUUGGAAGGGGACAAUUUUUACACAUGUCGGGUAUGAAAGUAAAAUACGAUUUAAAUAAAAAUCCUGGAUCGAGAGUGACAUCCGUUUCUGUACGAUGCGCAUUUUGCGAUAUACCACGUUAUAAUCCUUUAAACAUGACUGAAGAAUAUACGGUUUUAAUGCCGACAUUUUUAAAACUCGGUGGAGAUAAUUUUACUAUGUUUAAAUAUAACGGAACAGAAAUAUUGAGAUUCGGUUAG